AUGGGGUUUUCGAAGAAGUCUCAAUUAGACGGAGGUUUAGAUACCGACGGGAAGAAAUGGGUCAUCGCCGGAAUUUCAAUUCGUGCUUCAUUAAAACCGGUGAAGGCAAAACUCAGAGCACCGGAGGUUGAAGCCGGAGUUGAAGAAGAUUGCUGCUACGACGAGGAAGAAUGUUCGACGACGCCGACGGCGAAAGAAACAAAGAUACCGGAGAAACUGAAAUGUCCACCGGCGCCGAGGAAAAAACGGCCGGCGUUAAAAUGUCGGAGUAACGCCGUUAGAGAGUUUUUCACGCCUCCUCCUGAUUUAGAGACGGUGUUUAUACGGCGCCGUUAA